AUGAGGGCGGCGACGGACGGGCUCGGGCGGGCGGAGCCCCACUGCCGCGGGUGCCCGCCGCCGGGCCACCAAUUCCUCAGCGUCCCGGCCGCGUGGUCCACGUCACCGCCCACGGACACCCCGAAGCACACGCCCGGGUCGCCCAGCUCCCGGCCGAGGCUGGGCAGCGCCCCCAGCAGCCAGGCGGAGAAGCCCCGCUCGCUGGGCGCCUCGCCCAGCUGCGCCGGAGGCUCCGCCCAGCGGAGCUCCCGGGGCGCCAGCGCGGCGGCGCCGCGCGAGGCUGCGUGCGCGCUGGGCGGCGGCAGCGGGCCGGACGGGUCCUCCCCCUCGCCCAGGAGCUCGCGCAGGGCGGUCGCCGAGAGGAGCGCUGUCUUCACCCCGCCGCCGCCCACGUCGAAGGCACGCACGGAGCGCCCGGCGUCCGCCAGCUGCCGCCGCACGGCCGCCGCGAAGGCGGCCGGCCCGUCCUCGCCCGCCUCGGGUGCUGAUCACUCGCCCCACCAUUGCGCGACGCCCGACCGCCGUCUGGCGGAGGGACGGCCAGUCGCCCAUCGCGCGCGCGAGCGCCAGGCGCCGAGGUAG